AGGAUGAGCAUCCGGGCCCCACCCAGACUCCUGGAACUGGCGGGGCAGAGCCUGCUGAGGGACGAGGCCUUGGCCAUCUCUGCCCUGGAGGAGCUGCCCACAGAGCUCUUCCCGCCACUGUUCAUGGAAGCCUUCACCGGGAGACACAGAGAGACCCUGAAGGCCAUGGUGCAGGCCUGGCCCUUCACCCGCCUCCCUCUGGGGUCCCUGAUGAAGACGCCUCACCUGGAGACCUUACAAGCUGUCCUGGAGGGGCUCGAUGUGCUGCUUGCCCAGAAGGUCCGGCCCAGGAGCUGGAAGUUACAGGUGCUGGAUUUUCGGAAUGUGGAUCAGAACUUCUGGAGAAUAUGGUCUGGAGCCAGGGCCCUUGGGUGCUCACCAAAGUCCACGAUUAAGAGGCAAACAGCCGAGGACUGUCCAAGGAUGGGGGCAAAGCAGCCAUUGAAGGUGUCAGUGGACCUUUGCCUCAAGGAAACAGCCCUGGAUGCAUUCCAUAGCUGCCUCUUACUGUGGGUCAAGCAGAGAGGGAGUUCACUACACCUGUGCUGCAAGAAGCUGAGGACUUUUGCAAUGCCUGUCCCCAACAUCAGGAUGGUCCUGAACGCGGUGGAGCUGGGCUGUCUGCAGGAGCUGGAGCUGAAGGGCGGCUGCAGUCUGCUCGCGCUGGCAAGGCUUGCUCCCCACCUGGGCCAGAUGAGUCAUCUUCGCAAACUUGUUCUCUCCCACAUCUACAUGCCUGCCUGCAUUUUCUUAGAGGACAAGGUGCAGUUUGUAACCCAAUUCACCUCUCAGUUCCUCAGACUGAACUACCUCCAGAAGCUUUCUAUGGACUCUGUCUUCUUCCUUGAAGGCCACCUGAACCAGGUGCUCUGGUAUGUGAAGACCCCCUUGGAGACCCUCUCCAUAACUCACUGCCUGCUCUCGGAAUCAGACUUGAAGCAUCUGUCCUGGUGCCCCAGCACCAGGCAGCUAAAGGACCUGGAUCUGAGUGGCGUCAGACUGACCAAUUUAAGGCUUGAGCCCCUGCAGGUUCUGCUGGAGAACGUGGCAGCCUCCCUCGUGACCCUGAGCUUGGAGGACUGUGGGAUCGUGGACCCCCAGCUCAGUGCCAUCCUGCCUGCCCUGAGCAGCUGUACCCAGCUCACAACUGUCAUCUUCUGUGGGAACCCUGUCUCCAUGGCCGCCCUGGAGAACCUGCUGCGCCACACAGCGAGGCUGAGCAGGUUACGCCUGGGACUGUUCCCUGCGCCUCGGGAGAGUUAUGACGCCCAGGGCUCUCUCCACCGGGGCAGAUUUGCCCAGCUCUGUGCAGAGCUGAUGCAGAUGCUGAGGGGCUUAGGGCAGCCCGGGAGAGUCCUGUUCAGGACCACCCCCUGCCCUCGCUGUGGCAACUGUGUUUUCUAUGACACGAAGCCCAGUCAGUGUCACUGUGGGAUGCCUGCCUAG